GCACUCGGCGCUCCGGCAGGUGGCACUGGCCGCCUCCCCCGCGCCCCCCCGAGCCCCGCCGCCGCGCUCAGUCCGCCGGCGCCGAUGCUUCUGAGCGGAGCGGCCGGCUCGGAGCGCGGUGGCUGCAGCGGCGGGGCGGGGGCUGGCGGGGCCCCGCAGUGUGUGGGCACCAUGGCCCGCUGGCUCCGCGAACACCUGGGCUUCCGCAGCGCCCGGCCCGCGCCGCCCGCGCCGCCCAAGCCCGACUACCGUGCUGGGCCGCCGCCUCAGCCGCCCCUGCCGCCCGGGGGCGCGGCCGAGCCGCUGGCCGCCGCCCAGCCCGACAUCGUGGCGGCCUACCGGCUGCAGAAGGAGCGCGACUUCGAGGACCCCUAUAGUGGCCCGCCGCCCGCCGCCGCCCCCGAUGGACCCCGCUACGUCUCGCCCAAACACCGGCUCAUCAAGGUGGAGGCGGUGGAAAAGGUACCCGCCAGCCCCCCGCCGCCGGUGCCGGCCCCCCCCAGCUCGCCCCCGGAUGGCCCCGAACUGCCCGACGAGCCACCGCAGGAGCUGGCUGUUCUGGAGGACUAUGCGGAUCCCUUUGAUGCGACACAGGUGGCAGGUAGCCAGGCAGGGCUGGAGAAGGUGAUGGAGAAUGAUGGAUAUAUGGAGCCAUAUGAAGCCCAGAAGAUGAUGGCUGAGAUCCGCCAGAAGGGCUUACGGGAUGCUCCCGCCCGGCCGCUGCACCUCUAUGACACUCCUUAUGAGCCUGUGCUGGACGUGGACGGUGACUGCCCAGCUUGCCCCAGGCCCAGGGAGUCCCGGCUGCCUGAGGAUGAUGAGCGGCCACCGGAGGAAUAUGACCAGCCCUGGGAAUGGAAGAAGGAGCGGAUCUCCAAAGCCUUUGCAGGAGCAGCCAGGGCUUCAUGCACAUGAAACUGUCCAGGACACAGGAGAACAAGUACGUGCUGGGUCAGCACAGCCCACCCUUUGACAGCGUGCCAGAGAUCAUCCAUCACUACGCCAGCCGCAAGCUGCCCAUCAAGGGGGCCGAGCACAUGUCCUUGCU